AUGGUCUACUCGGCCGAGCUGGGCUAUGAUCCGGAUGAGUGGGAAGAGUGCGAAGAAGAGGAGAAGUUCAUGGUUUUCUCGCAACCGGUCAGAAUUCUUUUGUCCGCAAUGGCGAUCACAUUUGCGUAUUUCUUCUUCCGAAUGGUCGACAAAAACGCGAAGAAAGAUGAAGAAGAAGGAAAAGAGAAACAACCGUUUCAGGAAUCGGAAUCAAUUGUUAGCCAAGUGCUCGGAACAGCCAUGAACAUCGUCGGAGCUGGCGUGAAUUUGUUAAACGGUCCUGAAUCGCGUCCAAUGAAUGAGACAGCUAGGGAAAUGUUUGAUCAAACAAAAGAAGCAGUCUACUCAGGCGCUCAACAAGCGAAAGAGCUGAGCCGGGACUUUGCUGAGGCCACGAGGAGUGCCGUUGAUGAAGCUUACCUGAAAGCCCAACAGCGAGCCGGCAACCUGCCCCAGUUACAACAAACGCCACAACAGGUGGAAAGAUUGACACAACAAGCUGAGUACGUGCAACAGAUCCCGCAAAAAGUCUCCCAUUUCACCGAGGAAGCUCAACCGAGUCUGCAGAGGAAAAUCGACGAGGCGGACGCUUUCAUGCAAAAGUUCGGCGCUCAGCUGGCCGCUCUCCCACAACAAUUGCAAGAGAUGCGCGGUGAGGUGAACACGCAACAACCACUCAGCAGAGAAGAACAAGCCGCUUUACUCGAAUGGGAGGCCGAGUUAAGCCGUGUUGAGGCUGAUCGCUUGGCGAAACUCGAGGAAAAGGAGGUUGGUGGCGAAACCUCAUCAGGCUUAUCGACGGAUGAAUCUCGAGCAAUCGACAAACUUCUGCCGGCUUCACACAUCAGCAUGUACACCUCAAGUGAUAGCAAUCAUGAGAAAAGCCCAUUAGAGCAGAAAUUGAUGAGCGAGAUCAAGCAAUUGCAAGGAGAGGGAGCACAGAGUCCACACUGGGAUCGACAUAGCAUUCUGCCAUCAGAUGUCGAAUCGGAGAUCUCAGUUGGACCCGGUCGAGACGGCUCCUCGCCCACACAGGAUGUUCAGUUUAAAGCGGCUCAUCUUGGUCAGCCGAGAGCCAGCACGGAUUCGGAUGAUUUUGUGAAAGUCUCCGUCGAUCAACUCCGAAUCACUCCACCCGAGGAAAAGAAACCAAUAACAGCUGAAGAAGCGGCACAGCUACAGGCGCUCAUUCAAGAAUAUGACAUGGGCACAGACGCGACUCCAUUGGCCACACCGCAGCUCAAUCAAAGAGCAGCUUUUUUGCCGGUUAAGGAUGACUCCCAUCUUUCGCAAGCAUCGAAAACUUCGGAAGAAAUACCAAUCAAUUUUGUUGAUCAAAGGGAUCGCCUACCAUUUGAGGCUCCUACAUCGAAAGAAGAACAAGAAGUGCUGAUGAAACAAAUGGAGGAGAUGUAUGGAGUGCAACAAAGUCCUUUUGAGUCAUUCCAUGUGCAAGUGCAGAUCAAUCCACCACAACAAUCAUUGCCACAAGAAAUCCCGAUUGAACAGCCACAAAACAAGCAGGAAAUCUUUGGCCAACAACAACAACAACGACAGCAGAACGUCUCCGAGACGAGAGCCUCUAUUUUGAAUGAUGAUCCCCGGAGAUUGGCCGAAGCGGAUAUGUUUGUUGAUGACGCCAUUGAGUACUUGGCAAAUCAAAAGAAUCAACCGCAACAACCUCAACAGCAACAACAACCCACUCAUCCCCAUCACUCACCGAAUAUCAGCGGUUUCGUGAUUGAAGAAGAAAUGUUGAGUAGUCAAGGGGAUAGACCAAAGCCACAGCCAAUCGUUCGAAUGCCUUCUGGAGAGGCGACAAGUGCUUUGAUUAAAACAAAUGAGGUUUUCGACAAAAUGGAACACGAUGAUCAUGAUGAUAUGACGUAUGCACCAGAGAUUCAAUCGGUUGAAAUUCCGCCAGAUCAGAUGAGUGAAUCGAGCGAGAACUUUCAAGAGAUCUUUGAUCGAAUCGCUGCCGAGAGUCAACAACUUGCUCAAUUUGAUUCAAUGAGACCACAAGGAUCACAGCAAGUGAAGGCCAAUCGCAAGCCAUCACCCAACGAGGAACCCCCAUCAUCUGACGUUGAGCCACCAAGGUUUGGUACUCAAUCCGGCUCGGCUCCCGUUUUCCUUUCACCAUCGAGUGGACGUCGGAAACACAAACGCCAUUCCCCGUCAAAUCUUCUCGAUGAUUUUCUCGUCCUUUCCGAGGAUGGCCUAUCAUUGCGUGUCCCGUCUCCAUCUGAGCUUUCUCAAUCAUCUGACGGUCAACCAAGGGUACACCAAAUGCUCUCACAUCUUCGUAAACAAUCCUCUUUGUUGUCGAUAAUGGGCGUGACGUCACUCCAAGAACUUCUCCUUUCCGUCACUUCACUUGAAGCCUUGUCAAAUGCUAUGGCUAAAGCUGGCCUCGAGAGCACGAAUUUGAUCUUUGGCAUCGACUACACAGCCUCGAAUAAGUAUCAAGGCGAGGAUUCAUUCGGAGGGAAAUCUCUGCACACGAUUCACCCAUCCGUCAAGAAUCCUUAUCAACAGGUGAUCACAAUUCUUGGCCGAACCCUUGCCCCAUUCGCCUCGACAAACGCGAUUCCCGUCUAUGGCUUUGGUGACGCGAAAACGAGUGAUUGGAGUGUUUUCCCUUUAAAAGCUGAAGGGGACUGCAGAGGAUUGGAAGAAGUGCUAAAAGUUUAUAACGAUGUGACACCAACAGUUGACCUGUCAGGCCCAACAAAUUUCGCUCCACUCAUCUAUCAAGCAAUUGAAAUAUGUCAAAGGAUUCAGGAUUAUCACAUUUUGGUGAUCAUCGCCGAUGGACAGGUGACGAAUGAGAAAGCGACAAGGAGAGCAAUUGUGCAGGCUUGUCAAUAUCCAUUGUCGAUCAUCGUGGUCGGUGUCGGUGACGGGCCAUGGGACAUGAUGCGGGUAUUCGACGAAUCACUCCCAAAACGAGCUUGGGACAAUUUCCAUUUCGUCGAGUUCCACGAGAUUAUGAAGUGCGCUCAAGGCGACGAAGCUGAUGUGAAAAUCGCUGUGCACUCACUCUUGGAGAUUCCCGAUCAAUAUAGAUGUAUCUGCAAAUUGGGUUUGGUGAAGAGUCGAACGCCGCACGGUUCGCAAAUUCUGCAAAAAGAUCCA